AUGCUUUACCAUGUCAUUCGUCGUCCUCCAAGUAAUAAUACAAAUUUUUCAAAUAAAUCUGCGAGUAACCAAAAUAGCAGAUCGCUAUUAAUAUAUAUGCCACGUUAUCAUUACUCAAGAGUUGCUCCACAUAGUGCAACAACUAGUUCGGAAUCAUUUUUUCAUCGUCAAAAUUUUAAUGCUCAGUCACCAAAACCCAUAGUUACAGCGACGACGACGAGCAAUAAUACUAAUAAUUAUAAUCACUUUUCUUCUGGUCUUUUUAAAUCCACAUUCACUCCGCUUGUUACACAAACUCGUACAAUGAUACCAAACAAGCGUGAAUUUAUUCCGAUACCAGUAACAAGAGAGGAUGGAGCAUCGACAACAAAUAGUUCUAUUCAUUCUAUACCUGUUACUUUUAUUAGUGAAACGACUCAAAUGUCAUCUAGUGCCAACGAUAGCAGUAGAAAUUCAAGUCCGAAACCACAUUAUACUAAUCUUUUACGGCCUAGCUCGAAAUAUUCCCAAAAUCAUGCAAAUAACAAUGGUGAAGAAUCAGAAACUAAUGUACUUCGUUUACCAUCCGUUUCACGUCGUUUUAAUCUUGCAGUUCCCAUAAUAGCAACAACAAAGCUAACGACGACAACAGCAGCAGCAACUGAUGAUGAUAAUGAUGAUACAAUUAAACAAAAUAUAAUACCAUCGUCUGCUCGUCGAAUUCCUAUUCGAUUUGCACAAGCACCAAAUGUUGCAUCCAUACCAACAAAUAGUUCUCGUAUAUCGAGUGCUGUUCUUCGUUCUUCACCACUAUCAAAUCCAUUAAGCAAUCAAUUACAACGUCAAAAAACGGAUUUAACAGAUACAUCACUAUCAUCAGACUAUGCCAGUACAGGAUCAAAUACCUCAUCAGGACGUCGAGCUGAAGUUAUGGCUCGUGAAGCUAUACAAGGUAUUGUUCGGUUUCAACAGCAACAACAACAACAACAACAACAACAGCAACAAGUAAAUAAUUCACUACCUGAUAACACUAAUAAUAUAUUGAUUCGGUCGCCUGCAUUAUCACGUCGUGUUAUUGUCAAUUUGAAAAAUAAUCAAUCUGUUUCACUUGAUAGUCGUUUAUUGUCGGCACAUACGUUGUCAACAAAGCCACCAAUCGGUCCAUCCUCUGCACGUAUGUCUCAAAGAAACAAUCUUUAUCAUAUACCUGUUCUACAUGAAAUUCAAAUGCCUUCUCAUCCUACAUCAAUAGUAGCUGAUACUUUGCUUCAAUUGCCACAAUCUCCUUCGACUAAUAAUAGUAAUAAUCAUAAUUAUAAAAAUGAAUUUCGUAUGGAAAUUCCAGUUUCAAUUAUUACUAAAGAUGACCAGGAGAAUCUUAUACAACUAAAUGAUGGACGAGAAGAUGGAAUAAUAAAUUACGAUCAGCAAACAACAAUUGUUACUGAACGUAUUCCAUCCUCAAGUGUACAUUCGAAUCAGACACUCAAAUCUAUUUUGAAAAGAUCUACAUCGAGAGAGACUGCAUCAAGGAAAAAUGUUAGUUUUAUGAAUACAUAA